AUGUCGUUGUUUAAGCUCUACGUUAUUGCUGUGAAUGGAACUAUAUACUCCCGAGAAAUUGCGACGUUGCACGCUCUACACCGAGCAAUUGUCUCCUCUCCCGACCCGCUCCCAAAUAUAGAAUUCGUCUUCAACACCGACGAUAAAGUUGACCCAGUUGCGCAGUGGGGUUACGCCCGGCGCGAACAGGAUACAAACCUAUGGCUUAUGCCUGAUUUCGGAUACUGGUCCUGGCCCGAGACAAAAGUUGGAACCAUGCAAGAAGUUCAAAUGGGGGCCGAACGGGAAGAACACACUUGGUCCUGGUCGAAGAAAAUCCCCCAGCUUUUCUGGAGAGGCGCCACCAUGGACCUGGAGGUCCGCGAGAAGCUUAUUCAAGUCACCAGGGGCCAGCCAUGGGCGGACGUCAAGCCGAUAACAUGGCGUGAUAAUGAGAGUAUGCAGAACGAUUUGAAAUCAAUGCCCGAACACUGCCGGUUCAAGUACCUUGCUCAGACCGAAGGGAACAGCUACUCCGGGCGCUUGAAGUAUCUCCAGAGCUGCAACUCGGUUGUCAUUUCUCACAGCCUCGAGUGGAUCCAGCAUCAGUCUCCUCUCAUGAAGAGCUCGGGCCCAGGCCAGAACUAUGUAGAGGUGCGGAGGGACUGGUCGGACCUACGCGAGAAGAUCAAGUGGCUUGAGGAGCACGAGCAGGACGCAAAGCGGAUUGCACAGAAUAAUAUCAAAACGUUCCGGGAACAGUACCUUACACCCGCUGCGGAAGUUUGUUAUUGGAGGCACCUCAUACGCUCUUGGGCAGAGGUGAGCUUUGAACCGGAAUUUUUCAAGGAAGUUGAUGGUAAAAAGGCCUGGCGAGGAGUGCCCGUUGAAUCCUUCCUGUUAAUGCAACGACUAGAAUGGGAUCCUUAUUGA